AUGAAAGAAGAGUUGCUUGCUAUUGAUUUAUGAAUAUUGAAAGAAUUUGAUCUUUCCUUAAUAGUCUUUAAAAGAAUUUUCAGUGUUAAAUUUUCCAACAAAACAUAAAGUGAUCCUUCAAGAUCCAGUUACUAAGAGAUCAACCCUAAUGCAGGAAGUAGGAGAAAAUGACACUGCGGUGACUGAAUUUAUCCUCAUUGGCUGGUCUGGUAGACCCAGGUCAAGGAUGAUUUUAAUACCAGUUUAUAUUGUUUCCUAUUUUUUAGCAAUUGCUGGAAAUGGCCUCAUUGUUUUAGUAGUCAUAUGUGAUUCACAGCUCCACAAUCCUAUGUACUUUUUCCUAUGUAACCUUUCUUUUAUUGACCUUGGAUUCACAACAUCUACAAUCCCACAGUCAAUUGCCAAUUGCUUAGUGGAAAGACCUGUGAUGUCUUCUGCUAGAUGCUUUAUUCAAAUGUAUGCUAUUCUCUUAUUUGGGACAACAGAAUGCUUCUUUCUGGCUGUCAUGGCUUAUGACCGUCUUAUUGCCAUCUCCAGGCCAUUGCACUAUACUUUCAUCAUGAGCAGGACAGUUUGCAUUUUCUUGGCUGCUGUUUCAUGGUUUAUAGCUUUUACACUUACAGUAGUCCCUUGCCUUGCAAAGCCAGCGAGAUUUUGUGGAAACAAUGAAAUUGAUCAUAUAGGUUGUGAAUUUAAAUCAAUGUUUAACCUCAUUUGCACAGACACCUCUUUGAGCCAAAUAAGCAUAUACUUCAGCAGCAUUCUGGCACUCCUGCUUCCCCUUGGUUUUAUACUUUUUUCCUACAUGUGCAUUCUUCAGGCAAUCCUAAGGAUGUCCUCAGAAGGAGGCAGAAUAAAGGCUUUUUCAACAUGUGGUUCCCACCUGUCUGUAGUGACUAUGUAUUAUGGUGUUUCCAUAUUUAUCUAUAUUCUUCCUCCAAAUAAGAAGAUGCAUGAGAUUGAAAAAACACUAUCUGUAUUUAAUAGUGUGCUAACCCCUGUCUUCAACCCUUUAGUUUAUACCCUCCGAAAUCAAGAGGUUCUGGGGGCACUAGGAAGAAUAAUAGUGAAGAACAAGCUUGGCAUGCAACAUUGAACAUCAGUAUAACUCUUUUAGCCUGUUGGUUUUCUUUGUAAUUUUGAACAGUCAUUCCCUGAUAUAUCUGUAGUUCAUUUUCUGUUGAAACUGUGAAAUCUUUUCACUUCACUAACUGAAGCUGCUUGUGAUUUUUGCUAUUGCUUUCCUAGGCAUCUUCACCAAAUGCUGCAAGCUGGUGAAUAGCAUAAUGGACUUAUAACACUUUGUGAAUAAUCCUUAAGAAUAUAAAAUAUUUUGAAUAAAUUGAAUUGAAUACAUGUUCAGGUA